GUAUCUCGACUUUGGAAGCUAAUUUUGAUCCAUUAUGUUCGAGUUUGAACCUCGUUUCCUUCAAAUGCCUCAGUGUGAAGUGACUUUCGCCUCCUGAACUGCGGUCGAGAUUUUGAAUCUCGAAUCUUUCAACGCGAUAAUUCUGGUUUUGGAGCGGGUUUAAACCCGCGAAUUUGAUUGUUAUUCGCAUGUUAAUUUGAAGAAAUCUCUCAAUCCAAAGAGACAUUUAUUGUCAAUAUCGCAAUUUUAUUAUUUGCGCUCUGCUGCAACCGGUGCAUCGUCGAAAAUCCCGAUCGAGUUUAUUUUUGUGAUUUUUACGAACUUUCGUGCGAACUUCACGCCUCGGCGACUCUUGUGAUUUUUCAAGAAUUUGAUACGCGAAUUUGACUCUUUCGACCUAUUUUCGUGCCUUUCAACCUCAUAUUUUGCGACGUUUCCAUCGAAUUCCUCGCAUUGGAAGUUAUUAUCCAAACUUUUUUCAUGGGCAUUGAUUCCUGUCGGUAGAGUGACCUACCGAGCUUGUAGGAUAGAAACCACGGACUCCCUCGUCAUCUAAUCUGAAUCAUCUACAAGAAUCUACUUCAAUAUCUACAAAGUUCAUUUCAAAUUCUCAUCGUUGCUCCAACGAAAGGAGAUUCUAGGACCUCUUUCCUACAGUUUCAUCCAAAAGAUCUAUCAUCGCUAUUUUUCAGAAGCGGAAUUUGAUUUUACUUCGUGUUAUCAGUACCUGGUCGAUAGGUAGUGUAAAAUUCAUAUUGAUCAAUCUAUAAAAGCCUGAAAUACUAAAUGUCUCGUCCCGCGUGAGGAGAUCGAAGAUCAGUGAUUUUUUUUAAACAUGUGGGGAGUUCCGGAGACAGCGCUUUUGGUGGUGAUUUUGACCAUCACUUCCGGUGCACGCAGUGAGUCAAAUCAUUCCCAGGAUGCGCACAACCUGUUCCUCCAGGAGUUGUUCUCCAAGUACGGACAUGACGGGAGAAUGACAUUUGAGGGAUUCGAGCACCUGCUGGCGAAUCUGGGAUUGGGAAAAAUCAAAUUCGACGGCUUGCACACCCUGUUCGAGCAUCGCGGCGCAGAUGGGUCCUUCGAGGAGAUGCACGACGCCCGCGGCAUCCACCAGCAUCAGCACGACCGGAAAAAAAGAAGCCCGCACCAAUCAAACCUCGGGCACAAGCACCGGGCGAUAGAGUCGGAUUCGGAGGAGAGGAACCCGCUGGCGGGGCAGUGCCUGUCGCCGCCGGAGAUGCUCAUCACUUUCGGGUUGGCCCCGGACCACGAGGUCUCCAUCUCGCCCUCGGUCUUCCUCGAGAAGCUCUGUCCGACCAUCAUCUACGAGCUGGACCUCCGCACCUGCCAACACGAGACCUCCCCCACGGCCCUCCAGUCCGCCUCCGCCCCCAGGGCCAGCCUCCUCGAGGGCUCCGGAAGCAAACUCAUCCCCAGCUUAGUUUGGUUAUACUCAACCAUCAGUAUUAUUUCCAUCAGUGUGGUUGGACUUCUUAGCGUUGCAGUUGUACCCCUAUUGCAAAGAACAUACUUUUCACACAUUAUCAAUUUUUUGGUAGCGCUAGCAGUUGGCACACUCACAGGCGAUGCACUUCUUCAUCUCUUGCCACAUGCGCUGAUGUCACCACACCGCUGUGAUGCAACUGACACCAGUCAUACUCUACCAGUUCUUCGCGCCACCACAACAUUCUUAGUUCUUUUCUUGUUUUUCCUCUUGGAAACAAUUUUCCAUAGGAUUAAAUUUGCUAAAACAAAGAAGCGCACUGUUCUAGAAAAGCAUGAAGCAAGUUUAGACGAGCGAGGAGCAUAUGCUUGUGUAGGUGCAAAUAACAUUCAUGAAACCGAAACAACAGAAUUAGAUAUGGGCUCUUUAGAACACAGAGGCCACUGUCAUGCAGUGAACAUGCCUUCAAAUAAUUCUGUCAGUUCCGUCGCUUGGAUGGUGAUAAUGGGGGAUGGAAUUCACAAUCUCACAGAUGGACUUGCCAUCGGAGCAGCAUUCAGCUCCGAUCCUAUCGCAGGUUUUGCCACCACAUUAGCUGUCUUCACUCAUGAGUUGCCGCAUGAGUUAGGUGAUUUUGCUGUGUUAAUUCAGUCUGGCUUGGGAGUUCGUCAGGCACUUAUGUAUAAUAUUUUUUCAUCGGUGCUAAGUUUUGUUGGAAUGGUCAUAGGUGUCCUCUUAGGUGACUUUGAAGCUGCUGUCCUUUGGAUCUAUGCAGCCACUGCAGGAACUUUCCUAUACAUAGCUCUUGUAGAUCUUGUACCUGAAAUGACGAAAUGUUCGGAAAAUUCUAUGAUGUCUGUAGUGACACAGAUCAUAGGUAUUUUAACUGGUGGGGGUAUUAUGUGCCUCAUUGCCCUGUAUGAAGAUGAUCUUCGGCAUUUUUUUUACCGGUCUGAAUGAAUAUAUUAAUAGCUCGGGUUCUAUGACAGAAAGUAGCAUUUAUUGAUUUUCAGAUUUCCUUAUUUUUAAUAUUUUAAGUAUUUUUGUACUUCACAUGCGAAUCAACUCUUAUGAUUACUUUAUUUUUCUUAUAGUUUAUACUACUAUUAUUUUUACAAUUAAUUUAUUUUUAUCCAACUUUUCCUCACUUUUUUGUACUGAAUACAGGGUGUCCCUGGGUUAAAGUAAAAAAUUUUGCCACGCUCUAUUUAAAGUCAAAAUGAACCUUCUUGUCCCCUCAGCAAGUGAUCUGAGAAUUAAAUCUUUGCAUCAUAGGGUUGCGAGUUUUUAAACCAAUAGGGAUUCGCUUAAAGUUGUUCACUAGUUAUUUUUGAGACUUAUCUUAAAUACGUGAAUUUCUUAAAUGGCCAUGCCAAAGCAUUGAGGCUUGAAACUUUGGGACUUUUCUAGUGCUCUUUCAGGAUCUGCUUUCAAAAUGAUGUUAUUCCUGGAGAAAUCAACAUUUUACAGGCAAAGAAGGGUGACAAUUCUUCAAAAUAUUUGUUUAAUAUUUUGUAGUAUAAUUUUAAAAGCAGCACCAAAAGCUAUAAAUUAGCACUCAUGAUAGUCAAAGAUUUAGGUGAAAUUUUCCAUCUAUUUUCCAAAUGAUGUAAGCGCGAUAAUUUUUUUUACCAUUCCUUAUUCCCUCUGUGAGAGCCUGAGAGGGUUUUUAUCGGACAAUUUUUUGAAUCGCAUUUUCUUGAUUCUGAAUUGUUGUCCAUAGAGUUUCCUAUUUUCUGGAAUACGAUAAUUCACAGCAGUUUGAAUAAUACAGUUUCUCUCUAAAUUUUGUUUGGUGCUUACAUCAUCGGAAAAAAAAUUGGCCCAACUGAGAAAAAAAUUUUUUUCAAAAGUCCAGUAAGCUUUGAUUUUAUGACUGGUGCUUAUCAGACAAAAAAGUCUCAUUUUGACUCAGAGAACUACCCUCAAGUUUUUCACCUUAAACGUGGGACAUCCUGUGUAAUUAAUUUAAAUUUGGUCACAUCCUAAAAUUGGAAAGUGCCAUUUUUGAAUUGUAUGUAUGCUGCUUGAGCAUUCGUCAAUUGAUAAUUUGUCUCCUCCUGAAGUUUGCUUAUUGUUAAUUCAUCCCCUAUAUUGGGAAAAUAAGGACUUUAUACCCCCAAACCCUCUGAGUUUGCAGCUCUUACAUCGAAGAUAAUCAGAAAUUUUGAUAACUAUCCUCGCCACCCUCAAUUCUUCCUCUCAGGUCAUUCCUUUUAUGAAAUGCUCUGUUUGCAGAAGUUAAGGAUUAUAUUUAAUGAUUGCAGCAUCAAAGCCACACUCUUCAUCAAGAGAUGGGGUGAAAAUACAGGCUGGUGAUUCCUGUUGUGCAUUUCCAAUUUAGUCCUUUAAAAAAAGUUGUGAUCCCUCCAAAAGCAUUGUUCCACUUUCUUUUUUUAUACAAGUUCAGACAAUUCUGAAAUUCCACAUUUAACUGUCAGGCAGAGCGAUUUGCGUGUCUGACCACCACUGUUUACUUACAGAGUUGGCAGGUUUUUAUAAUAUAUAAUGAUAAUGAAAUUUCUCAUCAAAAAGUCAGCACCCUUUGUGUUUUAGACUGUCAUGGGAAUGGAGAAUGGAGUCAUGGCCCUAUGGCUGCCAUCAAUUUGAAUGUUGUACUUUAGAUUGAUGCACAAUCUCUCAAUGUUUUCCUCCAUCCCCAUUUAAUCUUUAUUUUAAUUUUGAUAUUGAAUCUGUUCUGAAAUCAAACCUAAAAGUCAAAUUUUUAGUUAAGAUCUAAUUUUAUAAUUGAUGCACAAUUUUUCAUUUUUCUCAUUUUAAUCAUUAUUUAAUCCAGUUUUAAAAUCCAGACUAAACAGUCAGAUUUUUAGUAUGGUGUCAUAUCUAUUUGUAUUUGGUAUUUUAAAAUUAGAAAGCAAGUGUACCCAGGUGCAUUUUUUCCCAGAGAAAAAGGAGAAAAACUCCUCCCCCAAAAUCAUUCAUUGAUCAAGCAUUCAGCAUUUAUUAACAUCAUUGCUUUUGGUGAUUUAUUUAUGAUUUUGAUGGAUUGUCUUCCAAAAUUUUAGUCAGUGAAUUCAAACAAGCUUUUCAUAAAUGCAUAGCAGAUAUACAGGAACUUUGUGCAGCACAUUAAAAAAAUUUUAAUCUCUACUAAUAAUCAUUUUUCUGUCCUUAUCGUCCCAGUUUUUCGCUCUCUUCCGUUUUUCCAAUAUCUUGGGAGAAUUGAAAGGGUCAAAGCUAAGAAGGGCCUAAUUAAAUUGCAACAAUAUAAAGUUUAGCUUAACAACUGAUUUAUUUUUUCAAAAACUGUUGCUAAUUUCCAUUAAAAUGUCCGUAUGGGUUUAUUUUGAAAAGUGGCAAAAAUUGCCCAAAAUUUUCUUUUAUGAAUCUAGAAAGAAUUUAUCAGGUGAUACUUUGCAACUUUCAAAUGCAAUUAAGUCUUUCUGGCACAGACUUCUUCAAUUAUGAGUACCCCACCAAUGACCUCUUAAUCCUGUUUGUUACUGCCUCAUCAAAAGAUCCUGAUAUAAGUAAAAGACUUCACUCGGAGCGUUUCCCCUCAAAGAAGUGGGAGAUUAAGCAAUACAGGGUGUACAUUCUUUAGUAUAUAAACUCCUUGCUUUUCUUUCCACAAAAAUUUUACUCGUUGGGAUUAGCAGAUCAAAGACUAAAAUUAAUUUAAAUGAACUUUUUAGUUUUUAGCUCAUAAUUUAUUGUAUGGAACAAUUAGAUUUUGUUAGGACCAGGGCUGAUUUUGUCAAAAAUACAUUUUGUGUGAAGGAAGAAAUCUGAUCAAACGGAUACUUUAAUCAGAUAACUUUCCUGUGUAAAUAAAGGUCUGUAGAUGUAACAAGGAAAAUUGUACAAAUAUUUGUAAUAUAAUGCCACAUUUUGAGUAAUACUUACCGUCUAAUUUCUGAUCUUCAAAACUCACCUUGUCUGUGAGGAUUUGUUUUUUUUAUUAUGUUCUACUUCUCGCCAUCAGUGUGCUAUUCUUGUCUGUGUCAGAGCAAGAAUAGAUAAUUUGCAAUAUUUUUUUUUAAAUUGUAAAUAUUGAUUUUGUAAAUUAAUCAAUGAAGUGACUAAUAAACCAUCAUUCUUUGUUAAA